AUGGACAGCAGAGGCUUGGAGUAUACGACGUGGGAAGAAAUAGACAGGUGGGCGGCCGACCCAGAGAGAGUGCCUGAGCCCGCCUGGGAUUCGCUGGAGCAGUGCGAAGAGGGCUAUAGGAGAAUGGGAUCGAAAAGAAAGACACGGCGGCGCAGAGCGAAACCCGAAAGUCACCCCCAAAUAUUUAUUGGGGGAGGGCUCAGGGAGAGAGUAGCAGAGUCAGGAGUCAGACCUGAGCCUACUCUCCCUGUUAAUCGUGAGGAGCAGCGAUAUAAGGACUUCUGGUCUUGGGAGAUGAUAUUAGACGGAAGAGGACCCUGGGCUCAGCCUGGAGAAUAUCGCCGUCCCAAGGAAGAACUAGAGGCGGCUAAAGCGGAGAGGCGCUGUGGAGAGUCCAGAAUCCCUUCCCAGUGGAGGAGUGGGGAGUCCAGAAUCCCUUCCCAGUGGAGGAGUGGGGAGUCCAGAAUCCCUUCCCAGUGGAGGAGUGGGGAGUCCAGAAUCCCUUCCCAGUGGAGGAGUGGGGAGUCCAGAAUCCCUUCCCAGUGGAGGAGUGGGAGUCCAGAAUCCCUUCCCAGUGGAGGAGUGGGGAGUCCAGAAUCCCUUCCCAGUGGAGGAGUGGGGAGUCCAGAAUCCCUUCCCAGUGGAGGAGUGGGGAGUCCAGAAUCCCUUCCCAGUGGAGGAGUGGGGAGUCCAGAAUCCCUUACCAGUGGAGGAGUGGGGAGUCCAGAAUCCCUUCCCAGUGGAGGAGUGGGGAGUCCAGAAACCCUUCCCAGUGGAGGAGUGGGGAGUCCAGAAACCCUUCUCAGUGGAGGAGUGGGGAGUCCAGAAACCCUUCUCAGUGGAGGAGUGGGGAGUCCAGAAACCCUUCUCAGUGGAGGAGUGGGGAGUCCAGAAACCCUUCCCAGUGGAGGAGUGGGGAGUCCAGAAACCCUUCUCAGUGGAGAAGUCAAGCUUCGGGUUGUCAGGUCAGCUAGGUAUGAUGUUGAAGACACGGAUGAGUACUACUGCGAGUACGACUCGACAUGGGAGGAUCCUCCAAACAAAGAAACCAGUCGUCAAAAGUCCCAACAUGAGCGGGUACACCAGUACACCGGUUGGUCGCAACAAUCACACAGGUUGAACAGAUUCAAAAGUGCAGCAAAGGAUAUGCAGAAGUACAGGCAUGAUUAUCCAGAGCAUAGAUCAAACUUGUUCUUCGGCUGGCAACAACAAGAAGAUAUGCCUAAUUUACAGUUCUACCGUGAACAAAUACCCUCCUCCCCUGAUGGUGUCUUCAUUGAGGACUUUCACAAGAAAUGGAACAGGCAAUAUUUAAAACUGGAAAGAGUUCACUCAUACAUCCAAUGGUUGUUCCCUCUUCAAGAACCAGGAAUGAAUAAUCAAGCCAAGGAACUCACCAAAAAGGAAAUUGAGGCUUUCCUUCAAGAUGAAACUGCGAAGAAGAGGCUGGUCAAGUCGUACAAGCUCAUGCUGGACUUCUACGGCAUCCAGCUGUCAAAUGACUCAACAGGGGAAGUGCGACGCGCUAAUAACUGGCGUGACAGAUUUGACAACCUGGACAGACAUACACACAACAACCUGCGCAUCACCCGCAUCCUGAAGUGCCUGGGCACUCUGGGGUUCACCCACUACCAGGCCCCACUCGUCCACUUCUUCCUGGAGGAAACUCUUGUCAAAGGCAACCUGUACAAUGUGAAGGAGAGCGUGCUCAACUACUUCAUCUUUGCUGUCAUUGAUAAGCAACAACGCAGGGAAUUAGUUAAGUAUGCCUACAAGCACUAUGAGCCCAAACAUGAGUUUGUGUGGUGCCCUAAGAAGAUCCAGAUGAUUUUCUCAAAUGGAGAAGAAUUAUCAGAUAGUAGGCAAACCAAACAAUGGCAGGCCAUUACCAGCAUGGUAACUACUUAGAUGACAGAGAUGUCAGUGACAACCUGUCCAUUCCUCGCAAUGCUAUGGUUAGCACAGCUGAUUCCAUUCAGCACCCUCUUCCAAGAUUGGUUUCCCCAAAAAAUUAUGAUUUGGCCCCUGAGCGUGCAUCAAUUAGGCAUUAUGAAGAUGUUCCAAAGUAUGUAACUACUCACUCUACAGGGCACUCACAUACUGCCCAAGGUAAUGUAAAGACUCGGUCCUCCACCAAAGAUGUUUUAAAUAACCAGGGAAAUGACAAAAUAGAGAGUGCACCCACUAAACAUUCAGAAGCCAAGAACAAUUCAGUGAAAGAGCCACUUAAUAAAGAGGUUUCACAGAGUCAGUUAAAGAUCGAAUGCUCAGCAAUUGAGCAAUCUACUCAAGAGGUAUCCCAGAGCCCGGAUAAGACCACUGAGGGUCCAGCCAUAGACCCAAGUCCUAAAGACCCAUCCCAGAGCCAGGUUCAGACCACUGAGGGUCCAACCAUAGAGCUAUCUCCUCAUAAGGUACCCCAGAGCAAGGUUAAUAAAGCCAGAACCAGAGAUGCCCCAAAGAGCUGCCGCGCCAAAAAGCCUAGAAUUGGGGAAAUUACCAAAACAGUUUCGGGGGGAGCACCAGUAAAACACCAAAUAAGAAUCCUCCUUCUACCAGAGAAAAGCAAUAGUAUCUGUACAUUAAACAGGUGCGAUAUAAGAUGUGUAUUCUCCCAAAUAGGUAGAUUGUGAAGCAACCAGAAACCAGAGGGCAUAAAAGCAAAUGGGAAGGGGAAGAUUUUGAUAUUUUAAUAAAGUAUAAUGAAAUUAUAAUUGACUGUUAUGUAUACUUAGUAUCAGUGAUGUAUAGUACUUAAGUAAACAAACUUUAAAGUAAUACUUAAGUCGUUUUUUGGAGUAUCUGUACUUUAUUUUACAAUUUAUAUUUUUACUCCACUACAUUUUUACUCCACUACAUUCCUAAAGAAAAUAAUGUACUUUUUACUCCAUAUAUUUUCUAUGACACCCAAAAAGACUCGUUACAUUUGGAAUGCUUAGCCGGACAGGAAAAUGGUCCAAUUCACACACUUAUCAAGAGAACAUCCCUGGUCAUCCCCUACUGCCUCUGACUCACUAAACACACAUGCUUCGUUUGUGAAUUAUGUUUGAGUGUUGGAGUGUGCACCUGGCUAUCCGUAAAUAAAAACAGAAAAACAUGUAAUGGUUCUGUCUGGUUUGCUUAAUAUAAGGAAUUUGAAAGUAUUUGUUAUAUAUUUUUGCAAUUACAUUUACUUCUGAUACUUGAGUAUAUUUAAAACCAAAUACUUUAAUAAUUUUACUCAAGUAGUAUUUUACUGAUUUGACUUUCACUUUUACUUGAGUCAUUUUCUAUUAAGAUAUCUUUACCUUUACUCAAGUAUGACAAUUAGGUACUAUAUAAACCACUGUUUAGUGUAGGUAUAAAUAGCAUAACCAUUUAACAGUUUAUAAAAAACGACAGCUAAUUUGUUAUAUAGUGUUGGAUCCUGUGUUUUACAUUAUAGCCAUUACCAUAUAUAUGAUUGAAUAUUAUCUGCUGUUGGCUUGUGUGGAUGUAUGUAUGUGUUAUGCAACAUAGCUGACUUGAAACAUUGUUAAAAGCUUCAGGGCCAUGGGCCUUUCUCAUGAUGGAAAAAUACAGAAGACGCAAUGAGUUGGGGGGGACACAUUCAGAGGGUGGGGUUGCAGAACAAGCGGUCUUUUGUUAGAUAACAGGAGCCAGGUGCGAGAUAACGGUAUGGAGCAUGAGCGCAUGGAUGUUCUUCACAGCAACAGUUACAUCUAUCAACAGAAGCGCCAAGAGGCGGGGACCCGCCUGCAAUAGGCUGAGCAAGUUUAAACCACGCCCAGCCUCUACUGUGAUAGGCCAACAGACGGGUUGGAACUGUCUAUCACAGUAUAAAGAAUACUGUUUACAUACAUCUUGUCAGUUCUCUGUUCUGCCCUGCGUGGUAUUACAGUGAGUCCGUAUAUACGAAAGUUGCAUUUGCCAUUUAUUACUUAGCUAAUAAAAAAUACAUAGUAUACAA